ACGGAAUGAGUCACUGCACUCUGUGGGAUAGGCAGGACGUAUAUACAUGAUCUGCUCUGACGUGUUUCUAAAUUUGGAGACUAGUUAUAACUGCCAAACUUUAGGGGUUGUGGCACACUGCGUGCGAGAGGACGGAUCGUGGAAUUCUAAAUACGGGUGGAGAAUUAACACCCUUGUUGAAAAAUGGCAGGGAAAUCAGUGAUGUUUCUUUUUGUCUGCGCCUUGACGCUCAUUACUGAAGGUCAGGCGGCCUCCAGACAAAAACGCUCCUUACCACAGUUUGCCCUCAUGAUGACGUGUGCUACAGGAACCAAUCCAUUGGAGUAUAAUGGCUACGGCUGCUAUUGUGGUUCCGGAGGGGGUGGAACGCCAGUCGACGCUACUGACAGGUGCUGCUAUGCGCAUGACCAGUGCUAUUCAAGACUCAAGAGCGACGGUCAUUGCGUCAAGGAAACUGGGGACGUGUACACCAUGCUGUAUCGAUCGAAGCAAAAGAACUGUGGACAGAGUAACGUCCAGAUCACAUGCAAGCGUGCAAGGCAGUACAACUGGCUAGAGUCACUGGCCGUCUUCUGGAAGACCAACUGCGCUGCUGGAGCCUGUGAAUGCGACCGCCAGGCCGCCCUCUGCUUCAAGCGGAACCGGGGCACUUUCUCUAGAAGCUACGUCAAUUAUCAUAAAUACACACGCUGCAGGUAUUGAGGUGGAUCGGGACUCAGUGAAACAAUACAUGAACAUUAGCAUGCUAUGGAUCCUUAAAUGGUUGCACUGAUAUUAAAGCUUUGGCCGCUUGAAUGUGCUCUUAUAGUAAUGUCGGACGCGAAAAAGUCUAUAUAUGUUUUGAACGUACAGCCCGCAUUAAUUGGUGCCAAUAUGACACGUACAAUUCUGUGGAAAUAACGAUCUUGCCCUACCCUUAGCCUAAAAGCUCAUUGCCGGUUUUAAACGAUAAUUGUGUGUGUCACCUUCCCCCCCCCCCCCCCCCCCCCGGAAAUGUGUCCCUGGAUAUUUACCGGCUCACAACCCAGUAAAUCUGUCCGGGGACACAUUUACCUAUAGGUAAAUCCCCCUUCGAGUAAAAUCUGUCCCUGCUCAAACAUUAAACCCCCCGGUAAAUUUGUCCCCGUUAGGCGCUAUGAUGUUGGGAACAUUGACCAAUCAAAGUAGGCGUUAUAUCAAUGCGGCCAUCGCCGAGCCAGGAAUUACUACGCGUGCAAAAAGUCCACAAAAUACGGAUUGCUGCCAUUUUUUUUUUUACUUAGGUGGACCUCUGCGCUAUUCAUCUGCUAAUUUGUUUUAUGGAGAGCUCUCAUUUAUCCUCUCUUUGAAUACUUUCCAAAAUUUCAAAAUUCAAAACAAUUUCUGGCUGUAAAAUGAGUUUGAAGGGGGUAAACAUGUAGUGGACACAUGGUGGCGCUCCAUGUGUGCUCUACACUGUACGCACGGAUGCCAACCUCGUUACCAAGAAUGCCAUUUAGGCCUAUGAGCCUUGGAGUGAGGAUCCAUGAUUAUAGUGUCCUCUAUAUAAUCCAAAAGGAUAUUUUGCCGUUUUGUUCAUUUGACAUUUCUUUAUUUUUCUAUCAGUGUCUGUGUAUGUUUUGAUGCCAAUGUUACACAUCUCUGGAAGAUGUUCAUAAUAAAAGCUAUUGAAA